AAAAUUUUGUUUCCAUUUUGUUUUCACCUUUUCCAUUUUAAUUUAAUUGUAAUUAGAUUUUUUUUCUGUGAUUAAUUAGAAUUUUGUGUGAAAUUUUUCUUGGAUUUAAUUGUAAAAUUGUUAAGAUCAAGGGAAUUUGGUUGAUGGAUUACAAUUUAACUUGAUUGUAUUAACUGAACUGAAUUGAUGGUUAAUGAUGACAAGAUUUUUACAAUUGAAUUGUUGAAAGAUGAAAGAAAAUUGAAUGUCAAAAGUGUUUCAAUUUUUGGAUUAUUACAUCAAGUUGUUUGGAAAUGGAAAUCAAAAUGACAAUUCAACCUUUUACCUUCGUUAUUUAAGCUAAUCAGGUUAAGUUAAUUGUUGCUAAUCUUCAAUCAAUUGGGGAAUUUAAAUCCCCUUUAUCUCAAUUUCAUCUAAUCAUAAUCCUUUUUCUUUCUUCCGCCCAGGUAAAUCAUUUGUGAUUAAACUACAAAGUCUUUGACUCAACUUGCCAUUUUUACUGUUUCCAUUUUCUAAUCAAUAUUUUUUUAAUGAUUACAAAAUAUCAUCUUGAUUAAUGUGUCAUUUGAUUUACAAUUCAUUAAUCCCCAUGGUGAAAAGCUGAUCCUGAUUUCAAUUGCCUUAAUCAUUGAUGAGAGAACAAAAAAAAAACAAAACUUAAUUACCUUUUAAUUCACUUUGUUUUCUUCUAUAACGUUCAAUGUCCGAUAAAAGAGAAAACCGAACCAGUAACAAUCAAUCUGAUGGUUCAGUUGAUGAAAGUGAUGGAACAACUUUUUUUAAAAUUUUUCUAUUUCUACAUUCAAUUAAUCGAUCACACGUGUUAAUUUCUAUCCAUAUCUGUUUCUCUUCCUCAUCUAAUCAUGUGAAUGAUCAAGGUUUAAUUGUGGUUAAAGUGAUUAUCACAAUCAAUUUAUUAGAAGUGCCUCCAUAAUGAGCCAUCAAUAGUAGAGACAAAGUAACAAGCCUAAUAUUUUCAUCUCCAAGAUUAAUAUAAAUCAGUCAACAUUAAGCCUCUUCCAAGUUUCAUCAUCAUGAAUGGUUCCAAUUUCCUCCGAUCUACUAAUCGUCUCAACAGUUUUACAAGAAAUUAUCCAACUAAUGUUCAACGAGCAGUUCAUCAAGCCGAAUUAUCAAAAAUUCUGAUCGCUAAUCGUGGUGAAAUCAGCUGUAGGAUUGCAAGAACAGCUAAACGAAUGGGACUAUUAACAACUGCAGUUUACUCUAACAUGGAUAGAGAUUCGAUGCAUGUUUACUUGGCUGAUGAAGCAAUUAACUUGGGAGAUUCACCAUCAGCUGAUAGUUAUCUUAAUAAAGUUAAACUAAUUGAAGCAGCUAAAAGAUGCGGAGCUCAGGCAAUUCAUCCUGGUUAUGGUUUUCUCUCUGAGAAUCCUGAAUUUGCUGAUAUGGUUAAUUCAUCUGGACUUAUAUUCAUUGGUCCACCGGCAUCAGCCAUACGUGAUAUGGGAAUUAAAUCAAUUGCCAAACAUAUUAUGUCUCAUGCUGGAGUACCGGUAAUUCCUGGUUACCAUGGGGAAGAUCAAAGUGAUCAAUUAUUACUAUCAGAGGCUGAGAAAAUUGGUUUCCCCAUAAUGAUAAAAGCAAUUAAAGGAGGUGGUGGUAAAGGAAUGAGAAUCUGUUUAGCUAAAGAGGAUUUUAUAACUCAACUUGAAUCAGCGAGACGAGAAUCACUUAAAUCUUUUGGUGAUCAAUCGGUUCUAAUUGAAAAGUAUGUUGCUAAUCCUCGUCAUGUUGAGGUACAGGUAUUUGCCGAUCAACAUGGUGACUGUGUUUACCUGUUUGAGAGAGAUUGUUCAGUCCAACGAAGACACCAGAAGAUUAUUGAAGAGGCACCAGGACCAGGAAUCGACGAUGAAACUCGAGCAGAAUUGGGUAAAGCCGCUGUUCGAGCUGCUCAAGCGGUUAACUAUGUUGGCGCAGGAACUGUUGAAUUUAUUUACGAUCCUAAAGAUGGUAAAUUUUAUUUCAUGGAAAUGAACAGAAUUCAAGUUGAACAUCCGGUUACUGAGAUGAUAACUCGGGAUCUGGUUGAAUGGCAAAUACGAGUAGCUCGUGGUGAGACUUUACCCAAAUAUCAAGAAGAGAUUAAACUUCAUGGACAUUCAAUGGAGGCCAGAAUUUACGCUGAAGAUCCUGAGAAUAAUUUUAUGCCUGGAGCAGGUAAACUGGGGCAAAUUAAGUUACCUGAACAUGAAGAAAAUGUAAGAAUUGAAAUGGGAGUUCGAAGUGGUGAUGAAGUUUCCGUUCAUUAUGAUCCAAUGAUCGCAAAACUUGUUGUUUGGGCUCCAGAUCGAAAUUCAGCUUUAAUGAAACUUCGUUCAUCGUUAAGUAAAUUCAAUUUAUCGGGUUUGAAAACAAACAUCAAUUUCCUUCAUCGUUUAGCAUCACAUCCAGAAUUUGCUGCUGGUCGAGUUCACACCGAUUUCAUCAAAGAACAAGAGUCAACUUUAUUUACUAAAACCGAAUUACCUUCAAAGUUGAUUAACAUCACCGCCAUCGGUGUAUUUGCUUCAUCAGCUGCAUCAUCGUCGAUUUCAUCUUUACCCACCAAUGUUCAGUCCACUGGUGACCGAUGCCUUCAGGUUACACCAAACGAUGACCUCACAAAAACAUUCACUCUCCUUUACAAUGAUGAAAAUACUCUGGUCAAUGAAGAUGGAUUAACUCAGAAUUACAAAUUUCUUAAAUCAUCUUCAAGUCAGGUUGCCUUGUUCACUUCGGAUAAAGGUGGUUACAAUUUCGAGCUGGAAACUAAACCUCAUUAUCGGUCAACCGGAUCAACUGAAUCUUCCGAUGGAGCUGCUGGUGUUGUCGCUCCAAUGCCCGGUGUUAUCGAGAAAAUUUUGGUCUCAGGUGAUACAGUCGAAACAGGAACACCGUUGGUCGUUAUGAUGGCUAUGAAAAUGGAAUAUAUAAUUAAAGCAAAGGUCAAAUCGAAAGUGGAAAGGAUCAUGUUCAAAGGGUGA